AUGUGUAAAACAGGAACAGGAGCAGAAUCACCAGCCGGCGACGGUGUAGAACAGGCAGCUACGGUGACAAAGCCAGCUGUGUUUUGCGUUGGUGGACUUGAACGACGACUGCAGUGGGAGCUAGCUGCCCUCGGCAGAGAACUUGAGAAUCGCCGACCAGAGAAUGAACAAUCUGGAGAGACCGUUCGCCUGCCUGCGUGA